UAAAUGAAAUUAGGUAAAUACUGUACAAGUUACUAAAAAUAGACCAAGACUAAAAAUGUGGCUGUUUGCUGGAUUAAUGAUAUUCUCUGCUUUAAUAAUAAUAAUUUUAAUAAUUUUGACUCACUUUCUUUCAGCAAAGGCAGAAAUAACGAAUUUAGAUAAACGUUAUGUCUUUAUAACUGGUUGUGAUACAGGUUUUGGUAAUUUAUUGGCGCGAAAUCUCGACACAAAAGGUAUAAAUGUUAUUGCCGGAUGUCUCACAGAAUCCGGUAUGAAAGGUCUAAAAUUAGUGACUUCCGCUAGACUAAAGACUGUCCAAAUUGACGUUACUGACAAGGAAUCAAUCAACGCUGCGUUUGAGUUUACAAAGAAUAAUAUUGGCAAUGAAGGACUGUGGGGAUUGGUCAACAAUGCUGGCAUAAUGCCAACGUUUGCACCCGCUGAAUGGACACCCAUCGAAGCUUUUGAGGGAGCAUGUAAAGUUAAUCUGUUUGGAACAAUAUCUGUCAGUUUGAAAUUUCUGCCUCUUUUACGACAGUCGCAAGGCAGACUUGUUAACGUCAGUAGCGUGACGUCAACAUGCGCUUAUCCGGGAAUAGCCAAUUACGUAAUAUCAAAAGCUGGCGUCAAGAUGUUCUCAUCUUGUUUACGACGUGAAUUGUUCAAUUCUGGCGUGACAGUCCACUCUAUAGAACCAGGUGGUUUUAAAACGAACAUAACCGAACAAGACCGACUGUUGAAUAUAUUAAAAAAGGGUUACAUGAAAGCUGAGCCCGAGACAAGAGAAUUUUAUGGUGGGAGAAUUUCAAGUUACAUUAUUGAAGGAAUGAAAUUGUCUGCUAAACACGUGAGCGGUGACCCACAAGAUGUUGCAGACGCCAUGACUCAUGCUCUUGUUGCUAAGUAUCCUAAAAUUCGUUAUCUUGUCGGAAUGGACGCUAAGCUCUUCUUCCGGUUGGUGACGUGGCUUCCGGAAUGGAUUGUGGAUAAUAUUUUUGGCUGGCCAUCGCCAUACGGAAAAGUUGGAGAAGAUCUCAAAGAAUUAGACGAUUUGAAAAACAAGUGAACAAAUGGCUGACAGAGGGGACAUUUCAUUAACUCUGAAAAAAAUGUUUGAUCUCCAUUAUUUCACAUACUUUAAAAUUAGAAAUGUGCUCAUUUAGGAUAACAGUGUUCAUUUUUAAGCAGUUGGAAUUUUGAAACUUGAAAAACUUUUACUUGAAACGCUAAAAAAGAAAUUUUUUAUUUUAUUAAAUUAACCUUAUUAUAAAUAAUAAUUUGGUGAGAAGCUAAAUAAUUUACUAGACCAGUCAAUGUACUCGUUAAUUUCCGCGAAAGUACGUAUAUAUUCGCUUCUUAGCAUCGAACGUAUACGAACAGUUGCCGAUUUUCAUUUUCGGUCCAUAAUCUGGAUUUAGGUCAUUUGUACCAAUUUUUACGAUUACAUAUAAUGUUGUUUAUUUGUAUAUUUGUGUAUAUACUUAUGUAAAUAUUUGUAAAUAAUCCUUCUAAAUUAUGCUGAACAAAACAACGCAACACAUUUAUUUUCAUACUCUGUUUAUUUCACUUAAUGUUGUUGAAUUCAUUUUCAAGCAAAUGCUUCACAUCACCACUAUGCACAAACAAUGCAAAACAAACUAUUUCAAUCUCAUGCACAGAUGAACACACUUAUGUAUGUGUUUCAUUAACCAUUGUAAAUAUUAUUCAUUGCUGCCACCGAAUAAAAAUAUGAAAAAAAAUGUU